UCUGUGAUCCGCUGCGGGAGCCAAGAGUCUGGGUCUGCCUGGCUUUCUUCCCUGGGGAGCUAGGAGCCCUGAAAUAGAAGCUCUUUACCCCCACCUUCCUCCCUGCAGAGAAAGGAACCGAAAAUCCCCAAGAGGGAGUUGGGCUGGGGGACAAGUAGAGAAGGAAACUGGACAGAGCCAGAAUCAGAGCCUGGAGUGGACUUCCUACACUGGGAGGGGCUUCUCCUCUCAAAAUCUGAAGUUCCCCUCCCCCAUCCUCUCUCCCAAUUCCUUACCGCCCAUGGGCCUCCCUCCUCUUUCCCCCUUCCCCCAGAUCCCAGUUGUCUCCUUUAUGCCCUAGUGGCUCAGCGAGGUUAAAGAGCCAACGUCCGGGCUUGGGGUCAGUAAUUCUAGUCCUUCAAGGUAGACAGGUGGGGGGAGAGAGAGAAAUUUCUGGAAGUCCUCCGUGCCCCGUGUGAUCACAGUGGGGUGGUACAGGGCCUGUGGGGCUACUGGUUGAUUUAGUUUGAGGGUAAGAAAAGGUAGAAGGAAGCAUUGGAGGGAAUUGAUGGGGCCAUUGGGAUGUACACUGCAGCAUUUAGGACACACAGCCUCAGAUCUGUGGAGAGGGAUGGGCCAGGGAUGCUGGCCAGAGUAAUAAAAGGCUGGGAGAUUGAGUGAGAGAGGUUCAUUCAUUCAAUAAACAUUUAUCAAGUGGCUACUAUAUCCAAUGCACUAAGCUGGCUGUGCAGAGAAGGGGCAAUGGGAGCAGAACUAAAAUAUCAUUCCUCUUCCAGGGGCCAAAGACCUUUGCCCUCUCCUCAGGAUCUUGUUACUUGCCCUCUCAGUGCCUUUUUACUGAGUCAGAAGUGUACCCCCACCCCCUAUCCCUGGGAAAGGGGAGGAUGGAGCAUUUCCCUUGGCAAGCAGGGCUGACUGGGACAUCUGUCCUUUCUUUAGGACAGACAGAAGGACAGUGCUUCUCUCUCUGGAGGUGAGGUGUUCUCCCUGAAUCCAGUGUGGGGGCCAUGGCUGGGAAGGGCUGGGUUGGGCUGGGGCUGAUUUCCUGGGCCCUCCUGGGAGUUAUUGUGGCUCCCCAGCCUGGCUCCUCAGUUCCCGGUGCUUUUCUUACCACCUUGGCCCCCCGCCCGCAGAGUGAGGCCUCCAUGUUAUCUCUCAACCUGGGCCUCAACUUUAAAUUUCAUGUUCGGGGACCUGGAUCUGCCUGGGGAGGACUGGCCACAGAGACCCAGCCUCGACUCCAAGUUCUGGACCAGGGCCCUGAUGACGGGGUUGGUGGGCUGAGGACCGACACUCUCCCUGGACUGUUGACGAGUUCUCCAGAGUUGGGGUCUGCCGAGGGCAGUGCUGUCUCCAGUACCUCCACCCUGCCUUUGCAGUCCACCUCUCCUGAUCCUCGGCCCAAAGAUGGGCUUCCUCUCCUGGGCACACUGUCCCUGGACACUCCCUUUCAAGCCACUGCCCCUCCACCCAGCACCCCAUGGCCCCACAAGGGUGAACUGGAACUGAAGUUUGACGUGGCACUGAGAGCAGGGGCAGCACCUACCCUUGGGCACAAGAUGCUGCCCUUGCUACCUAGCCUUCGGGCCAGCCUGGCAGAGAUAGCAGGACGCCUGGGUCCCUUUGGAUUCUUUGGCACUACCCUGUCCUCCGAGCUGGAGCCAAAUAACCUCACAAGCAGCAUCGUGGGCUCAAGUUCCUCUCCAAGCAAUGAUUCACUGCGGAGCGAACCCCCAGAUAUCACUCCCACCCCAAACGAGCCUUCUCCAGCCAGCCUGAGGAGCUCAUCAGCACAGCCAGAGUGUGCGGCCCAAGCCUGUGGCACCGGGAACCUGCCUGAACCCAAGGACCCUGCCCCGGCAGUUCCAGUGCCCCCCAUUUUUCUGAACCUAGAGGCUGACUGGGCCUCUGCCCGAGCCCGAUGGGGGCUGGCGUGGGAGGCCCAUGUGUACGGGGUGGGCGCGCUCUUCGGACUGGUGGCCUUGUUGGCCCUGCUGAGUCUGGCCCUCCUGCCCUGGCGUUGCCCACCAGGAGCCUCUUGCUUGGCUCUCCUCAAUCUGCUGCUGCUCUCAGCUGGCACUGCCCGGGCUUUUCCCCUCUUCUACGAUGCCUACGGGCACCGAGAGCGGCUGCCUGCGCUGGUCCGCCUGCUGCUGCACGACCUCUCUCUGCCCUGCCUCUCUGCCUGUCUGGGGCUGGCCUGCCUGCUGUUGGCCCGCCCCCACCCACCCCGCUGCCCCGGGGGCCUGGCCAUGCUGCUCCUCCUGGUGCUGGGCCUGUCCUCGGGGGCCACCAUGGCUGGAGCCGUCUCCAGACCCCUUCUGCCCCUGCUGCUGGCCUCCCGGGGCCUGGCUGCUCUCCUGGCCUCCCUUUUCUCAGGACUCCUGCUAGCUCUCUCCUGCCGCAGGAGCCGACGGAGGCAGGGGGUCUCUUUGGGGGGGGCCGGCCUCAAGGGCCCCACCCCAACUCCGAUGACCCGGGGUCCCUUUGCCCUCCCCCAGUCGUGGCAGCGGGCAGCCCGCACAGCCCCGGUGGCGGGGGCCUUCGGCCUGCUGAGUGGGGGUCUGCAGGGCUACAUGGUCUUGUACACUCUGGGCUACGGAGGCCAGCUGGGCCUGGCAGGGCCCUGGCCCUGGUGGGCCUUCCAGCUGGGGGUGCGUCUGGGCGAGGUGGGUGUGGCCCUGCCAUUAGCCCUGUUAGGGCUCUACCCCGCCCUCUGCAGUCCCCGCCUGUCCCAGAGGUGCUGGGCCAAACUGUUCCGCCUGUCCCCCGGUCACGGGGCCCCGCUGCUGCCCUCGGGCUGGGAACCAGGGCCCCCCAACAAGCUGCCCCCAGUAAAUGCCAUGGAGCAGGGUGAGGCUGAGCUGCUGCCUCUGUGUGCCCUGACCGGGCCCGGGCCCGACCUCCUCCUCCCUGGCAGCGGCCACCUGGGCAUCGAGGGGGUGGCUGCCCACCCGGCCCCCUCAGCAGCUUCUUCCCCAGGCACCGGCAGCGACUGCACUGUGGACUUCUGCCCGCCCUCCCCCAUCGACCUGCACCGGAGCAUUGCAGAGGCCCUCUGCAGUGAGGUGCUGAUGGCUCCGAGCUUUCUCCAGGCUCCGGUCUGCAGGGAGAGCCUGCCAGGACCGAGCCUCUCGGGCACCGCCUCCAGUGAGGAGAGUUCUGGGCCCAGGACGGCCGGGGCCCCGGGGGCAGAGCCGGGCUCCCCAGCCCCUGUGCUGCCCUCCCCUGGGGCCUGGCUGGUGGGCAGCAGCGCCUCCUCGGGCUCCCUGUACGGACUCUCCAGGGACAGCUCCUCCAUGCUGCUCUGCUCCAGCCCGGAGAAGCCCCCUCGGUCUUCUCUGCCAGGAAUCUGCAGCACCCCCCGACCUUCAGGGAGGAGCCCCGGCCCCCCGGGCCCUGGGUGCUACAGGGCUCUGUCCCUGCCCUCCUGCAGCUCUCCCGAGAGAGCAGAGCUGGCCAGGGAAGAAGCCCUGCUCCAAGAGCAGUUCCUGGAUGCUUGCCGGCAGAUUGACGAGCUCAGCGUCAGCAGUGAGACCAUAGACCUGUGAGGGCUGGGCAGCCCCCUGCUGCCCUCCUCCUGCCCUGUUCCUCCAGGCGCCUGCACUGCCCAUGACCUAUUCACUGUAACCCUGCCCCACUCCUGCCUGGCUCAAGCACCCCUUCCCCUGGUCUCUUCCAUCCCUGGGGAUGAGUGGGCUGGGGCUCAACACAAUGGACGGGGAAGGCACCAGAACGGCCUCUUCUGGGCACCCACGCCCAGUGCCCACCCUAUGGGCAACUGCAGCCCGGCAGAGUCGGACUCUCCUUGGAUUCACCAGCAAUAAAGUUCCAAGGUGCUCCAUUCCUUCUGACAAGCCUGCGUGCCGCUCAGGGUGGGAACUGCGGCGGGGGGCUGCUCUUGGACCCCUGCUUCUGCCUUCCCGAGGAUCCCCUAGCCUGCGAGUGUGUGUGUGUGACACGGGUCCCGCCUCUCUCCUGCCCUUCCUCCCCUCACGGAUGGCACCGCUGAUCCUUCCAGUGGCCGGGAGAAAAGUAGCUACUUUUAGAGCUAAUUUAUCAAUAAAAUAUUUUCUGAAGAGAGGCAUCUGAUUAAUUGGGAGAGCUGGGAGGGAGUGAUGGCGGCAGCGCCCCAGGUGAAAA